AUGGAUAAAGCAGCUUCUGUUAGAGUGUCGUGCGAAGAAGAUUUGGUUUUGUCGUCCGUUGUUACGCACGAUGAUGAAACAAAGCUUGAAAAAAGAAUGCUUCGGAAAAUGGACAUGGUCAUUCUUCCCGUUGUUGCCUGGGUUUACCUGAUCGCAUACCUUGAUCGAUCCAAUAUCGGAAAUGCACAAUCUGCGGGUCUAUCAGAGAGCUUGGGUCUUUCUUCUUCGCAGUACAGUGCAGCUGUGAGUCUCUUUUAUGUGACUUACAUUCUGGUUGAAACUCCGUGUACAAUUGUCUUCAAGAAAACACGACCAUCACUAGUGCUUGCUAUUCUGGCUGCGGCUUGGUCACUAGUUGGGCUGUUUGCGGGAUUCGUCAAUAAUUUUGCGGGAUUGGUUGUUAUUCGUCUCUUACUCGGAGCUAUUGAAGGUGGACUUUUUCCAUGUUUGGCUCUCUAUCUUGCAACAGUUUAUAAACGAGAGGAAUUGGCGUACCGUAUGUCAUAUCUUUUUGCAGCAGCUGCACUAGCUGGGGCAAUUGGUGGUCUUCUUGCUUACGGGCUCCUGAAGAUGGACGGUAUACAUGGAAAGGAAGGCUGGCGUUGGUUAUUUAUUAUCGAGGGAUGUAUCUCUUUCACAGGUGCGAUUUUCGUGAUUGGUGGCUUGCCUAACCGCAUGGACACAGCUUGGUUUCUGAACAAGCAGGAGAGGCUAUACUUCAUUAGACGGAAGGAAGAAUCGGAGAAAAUCUUCAAGGAGGAUGAAGAAUCAUUUGAGGAUGUGAAGUUAGCAUUCAAGGACCCAAAGGUGUAUCUUUCGGCUGUUAGCCAGUUCUGCGCUGAAGUUGUUUUUUAUGGAUUUUCCACGUUCCUUCCUCAAAUCAUCAAGGCAAUGGGGCACUCCACUUUAAGCACCCAGGCUCUCACGGUUCCUGUUUACGUCGUGGGAGCAAUAAGUUUCAUUCUGAUUGCAGCUGCAUCUGACUAUACCAAGAGAAGACUACCAUUUCUUGUUGGAGCUGCUAUAUUUCCAAUAGUGGGAUAUAUUAUUCUUCUGUCUGCCGAUGGUAAUGACGCCAAAAUGGGCGGAGUCUACGUUCUCACAAUCGGUGCGUUUGCUGGUCCAGGCUUAAAUUUGAGCUGGAUCAACAAUAACACUGCUGGUCACUUGAAACGGGCGUCAUCAGUUGGGAUUCAACUUUCUAUUGCAAACGUUGCGGGAGUCGUUAUUGGUCAAAUUUAUAGAUCGAAUGACUUCCCGAUGUUUAUUCUUGGACAUGGUUUUUCCUUAGGUUGCAUUUCAUUUGCGAUAAUCAGCUAUAUCUGCCAAGCCUGGUAUUUGAACAGUCAAAACAAGAAAAAACAAAAAAGACGAGAGUCCGGAGAAGUUGAUUCAUCAAAAAGAGGUGACAAUUCCGACGACUUUAUAUAUAUGAUAUAG